AUGUCUAUGAAAAGGCUCUCGCUUCUGCUGCUGCUACAGCUGACUUGCUACUUUAGCACUGGGAGCUGUGGAAAGGUGCUGGUGUGGCCAGUGAAAUUUAGUCACUGGCUGAAUAUAAAGACAAUUCUGGAUGAACUUGUCACAGGGGGUCAUGAAGUGACUGUUCUGAUAUCUUCAGCUUCCACUAUUACUAAUUCCAGCAAACCAUCGACCGUGAAAUUUGAGACUUUCCCUGUAUCUUUAACAAAAAACGAUUAUGAGAAUUUGAUGGAGUUUCUUCUUGAGAAAUUGACGUAUGUGGCGAAAGGUUCCUUUUGGACCUAUCUUUCAGCAGUGAAAAUGUCAUUUUCGGAAUUUUAUGAUGCUGCUAUAACUAUGUGUAAAGACGCUGUUUCCAACAAGAAAUUAAUGACAAAACUAGAGGAAUCAAGGUUUGAUAUCCUUAUUGCAGAUGCCGUUGGACCCUGUGGUGAACUGCUGGCUGAAUUACUUAAAAUACCAUUCGUGUACAGUCAUCACACCUCACCUGGCCAUAUAAUUGAAAAGAAUAGCGGAAGACUUCCAUUCCCACCAUCUUAUGUACCUGUUAUGUUUUCAGAAUUAAGUGAUCGCAUGACAUUCAUGGGGAGGAUCAAAAAUAUGUUAUGUACACUUUAUUUUGACUUUUUCUUCCAGACAUACAAUGAGAAGAAGUGGAAUCAGUUUUACAGUGAAGCACUAGGAAGACCUAUUACCUUAUCAGAAACAAUGGGGAAAGCUGAAAUGUGGCUCAUUCGAACUUACUGGGACUUUUCAUUUCCUCGUCCACUACUCCCAAAUGUUGAAUUUGUUGGAGGCCUCCACUGCAAGCCUGCCAAGCCCCUGCCCAAGGAAAUGGAAGAGUUUGUGCAGAGCUCUGGAGAAGAUAGUAUUGUGGUGCUUUCUUUGGGGUCAAUGGUCAGUAACAUAUCAGAAGAAAGUGCCAAUGUGAUUGCAUCAGCCCUUGCCCAGAUUCCACAAAAGAUACACACACUACAAAGAGAAUGUGAUGAGGUUAUCAACCAUUUAACACGAUCAUCCUAUGAAACCCUUGAACCGAGCAGUUUUCUGGAUCGAAUUUGUCAUGCGCCACAAAGGAGCCAAGCACUUAAGACCAGCUAUCCACGACAUCACCUGGUUCCAAUACCACUGUCUGGAUUUGAUUGGCAAAGGGACCAAGUUUCCAGAGCCUUGAAGACAAGGGGUAACACCCCAAAAUAUGGACUCAUUUUCCACUCUACCUUCAUUGGCCGAGCAGCUGCCAAGAACAAAGGUCGCAUCUCCCGAUACCUGGCAAACAAAUGCAGUAUUGCCUCACGAAUCGAUUGCUUCUCUGAGGUGCCCACCAGUGUUUUUGGGGAGAAGCUUCGAGAACAAGUUGAGGAGCGGCUGUCCUUCUAUGAGACUGGAGAGAUUCCCCGAAAGAAUCUGGAUGUCAUGAAGGAGGCAAUGGUUCAGGCAGAGGAAGCGGCUGCCGAGAUUACUAGGAAGCUCGAGAAACAGGAGAAGAAACGCUUGAAGAAGGAAAAGAAAAGGCUGGCUGCAAUUUCCCUGGCUUCAGAAAAUAGCAGUGCCCUGGAGGAGUGUGAGGAGACAAGUGAAAGACCCAAAAAGAAGAAAAAGCAAAAGCCCCAGGAGGCUCUUCAGGAGAAUGGAAUGGAAGACCCAUCUGAAGAGCUAGUUAGUAGUGAUCUUGAAGAGACAGCCGGUACUGGAAGUCUUCCCAAGAGGAAGAAAUCUUUUCCCAAAGAGGAAACAGUUACUGACCCUGAUGAGUCAGAAAACAAGACGGUCCCCAAGAAAAAACGGAAAUUGUCCAAGGAGGAGCCACUCAGCAGUGGACCUGAAGAGGCUGCUGCCAGCAAGAGCAGUGGCUCCAAGAAAAAGAAAAAGCUCCGAAAGCUCUCCCAGGAAAGUUAG